AGAUUUUCAGAUAGGUAUCUGUUGGACAACAGCUGAACCCUGUUUCAGGCAAGGGGCUGCAUGGACUAGUUUCCAGUGCUCAUAUAAAAAGAAAAAAGAAAUAAAAAAGUGUUACCGACUACUGUACUUUCAUCAUCAGCAAUUUGACAGCCACAAGUUUGGUGCUCACUGCUCAGUUUUGUAGUGAAGAUUUCUUGUGCCAUCUUCUAUCUAGCGUUUGAGUUUUAAACGUGAUUCAGUCUGUGCAGCAAUGGUGGAUUACAGCAAGUGGAAGGAUAUAGAAAUCUCGGAUGACGAGGAUGACACGCACCCCAACAUUGACACGCCGUCGCUGUUCAGGUGGCGGCACCAGGCCAGAAUUGAGCGCAUGCAGGAGAAAGAGAAGGAAAAGAAGAAGCUCGAGGAGGAGAAGAGAAAUUCUGCGGUUGUCCUCACAGUUCUGCAGUUGUCCUCACAGUUCUGCGGUUGUCCUCACAGUUCUGCGGUUGUCCUCACAGUUCUGCGGUUGUCCUCACAGUUCUGCAGUUGUCCUCACAGUUCUGCGGUUGUCCUCACAGUUCUGCGGUUGUCCUCACAGUUCUGCGGUUGUCCUCACAGUUCUGCAGUUGUCCUCACAGUUCUGCGGUUGUCCUCACAGUUCUGCGGUUGUCCUCACAGUUCUGCGGUUGUCCUCACAGUUCUGCAGUUGUCCUCACAGUUCUGCGGUUGUCCUCACAGUUCUGCGGUUGUCCUCACAGUUCUGCGGUUGUCCUCACAGUUCUGCAGUUGUCCUCACAGUUCUGCGGUUGUCCUCACAGUUCUGCGGUUGUCCUCACAGUUCUGCGGUUGUCCUCACAGUUCUGCAGUUGUCCUCACAGUUCUGCGGUUGUCCUCACAGUUCUGCGGUUGUCCUCACAGUUCUGCGGUUGUCCUCACAGUUCUGCAGUUGUCCUCACAGUUCUGCGGUUGUCCUCACAGUUCUGCGGUUGUCCUCACAGUUCUGCGGUUGUCCUCACAGUUCUGCAGUUGUCCUCACAGUUCUGCGGUUGUCCUCACAGUUCUGCGGUUGUCCUCACAGUUCUGCGGUUGUCCUCACAGUUCUGCAGUUGUCCUCACAGUUCUGCGGUUGUCCUCACAGUUCUGCGGUUGUCCUCACAGUUCUGCGGUUGUCCUCACANUGAACCAUAUAGACCCUACCCUCAAGCACAAGGAGCUCGAGAAGAAAGAGAAGCUUGAGCCGUGGAAUGUUGACACCAUCAGCAAGGAAGGCUUCGACAAAUCUCUCAUCAACAAAGACAGCAAACCCAGCAAGACUGAGAAGACUGAGGAGGAAAUUGAAGCUGAGAUGAGGGAGUUUAUCAAGAAAAAUGAAUCGCUUAUCAAGAAGUAUGGACUUUACCGCCAUUAUGAUGACAGCAAGAGGUUUAUGCAGGAGCACCCCCACCUAGCAUGCGAGUACACGGCCAACCACCUGGUGCUGUGGUGCAUCAACCUGCAGCUCGAGGAGAAGAACGAACUCAUGCGCCACGUCGCGCACCAGGCCAUCUGCCUCCAGUUCAUCCUGGAGCUCGCCAGCCAGCUCAACAGAGACCCCCGCUCCUGCAUCUCUGCCUUCUUCGUCAGGAUCCAGCAGGCAGAGCCCGAGUAUCUGCGCGCCUUCAACGACGAGCUCGCGGCCUUCAUCGCCCGCAUCGAGCGACGCGCCGCAGAGAAGAUAGAGGAGGCCCAGAAGGAGGAGCUGCGUGCGUGCUUCGAGUCGCAGGACGUGGGGCAGCUAAAGUCGGUCAUAGCAGCGAUGGACCCUGCGGUCGCCGCCCACCACAUGAAGCGCUGCGUCGCCUCAGGCCUCUGGGUCCCCGAGGGCGGCGCCACCGACAAGACUACGGGCCUCGCCGCCCCUCCUGACGAGGGGGACGACCAGGAGCCUGUGUAUGAGGCCCCCGCCAAGACCGAGGACACCGUGGACUAGGGCCCGGGCCGAAGGGGGCGCCGAAGGAAAAUAUGAAGCGUGUGUACGUUGAGAAGCUGGAGGCGUGAAUGGAGAAAAUACGAGGAUACUUUCGUCUUAAAUUGUACUGUUUUUUGUGCUUGAAUUAUGUCAUUGUUGGUUAACACCAACUGAGCAUGAUAAAUGUUAACAGCAAUUAGCGUGUAUCAUUAUACGUUAAUACGCCGGCAAUAGCAAUUAGCGUGUAUCAUUAUA